AUGAAGAUGAUUGUAAAAAUAGCACCUACAAGCGAAGUAUUUCGGAAAUCACUUCAUGUGGACGCUGCAUUCAACCGUGAACAAACCAUGUACACAGAGGUGCUACCUAAGCUAGUGUCACUGCAGAAAGCAGCAGGUGUACCAGAAGAAGAACAACUUAGAUACGCAAAAUGUUACGGAUCUCUAGACGAAGCACCAAACGAAGUGAUAAUGUUAGAAGAUCUAGGUGAACUGGAUUUUGUGAUGUUGGAUAAGUACGUGCCCUUACCUGACGAAUGUGUAAGGAGUAUGUUAAAGAACUUUGCCAACCUUCAUUCUCUUUCAUAUGUGUUAAAGAAAAAAGAACCAGAUACUUUUGAUAACUAUAAAAGUAAGAUGAAAAGUCUAUGGCCCCUUGUUGUUGGAAAUCCAGAAUUUGUAGCAAAUCUUGAACAUAUUGAAGGAGCAGUACUGUCUGUGCUUGAUGACGAAGUAUAUAGAAGUGUAGUCAGAAAUAAAAUACCAGAUUUGUUUAACACUUACUUGAAGCUGGUGAAAGAAGAUGUUGGCAAAAACGGAGUAAUUACUCAAGGCGAUGCUUGGACAAACAAUAUCAUGUUCAAAUAUGUGGGAGACACAUUGGUUCAGUCAAUAAUGAUUGACUAUCAAAUAUCGUACCACCACAGUCCAGCGAUGGAUCUCCUCUACAUGAUCUUCAACUGCACAGACCAUGAAACCAGGUCUAAGAACUUCUACGACUGGAUAGACUAUUACCAUUCAGAAUUAGAUAAAUACUUGUCAAAUUUCGGCUUGAAAGCUAACUUAGUUUGUCCAAGAGAUCUCUUGGAUGCUGAUAUCAAAAGAUUUGCUAGACCUAUGAUGGGUGUUUCCUUACUAUUAUUCAACAUGUUAUUAAGAGAUGCUAAAGAAGCAAGUGUUGUAGUGGAAAAUAUGAAUGCUGGUGGAUUUUUGGAAGCAAUUAAAUCAAUGAGCGGACAAGAAUUGCAAAAGGAAAGCUUAGCUCGUGGCAAAAAGAGAAUGGAAGAUUUGAUUAAUAGUUGCAUUCAAUUAGGUUUUAUAUAA